AGUUAUAUCUGACAGUUUUUAUACAAUUUUAUAUUACACCCUCCUAAAUGAUGAAAAUUAGUGUUCUUUUUCUAUUUACCUUUGUAUUCGGCUGUGGUAUCCAAGCUAAGACUCUUGUUGACGGGAUGAAAAAUGAAAGGGAAAUGCAGCAGGAUGAAAUUCCUAGUCAGGAGCCUUUAUUCGACAACUCAAGGUUUCCCAUGGGAUAUGGUGAAGGUAACGGUUAUUCGAAAGUAGUACCAUUAUAUGACUCAUCCAAUUAUCGGACAGAAGUGAUGAAAAGAUCGUUGAGGAAUCACAACCCUACUCAAAGACAGACAGGAAUAAUAUACGGUGGUGGUAAACCUAUAGGCAUUUUGCAGCCAUACCAGGAAUCAUUCAAAUUUAUGCCCAUCAAAGAGGAACAUGUUUAUUCUCUUGAAGGAGGUAGAUCCAGUAUGGAGCAGCAGGAACCCUAUGUUAACUUGAUGUAUCCCCUAGCCCGAUUCGCAAGAAGCGAAGAUGCGAUAAGAAUGGCAGAAAGGGAGGCUGCAAAGGCUGAAUUUCUGGAUAAACACUAUCCUUCCAUGUUGGUGGAUUUCAAAAUUCACAACAAACUCCAUCCCACUGGGUACAACGCAAAAUCUGCACCUAACUUCAAUAUCAAAAGAGAAGAAAACAAUCAGAAUAAUAUCGAGGUGACAAAGAAGAAACGCGAGAAUCAAACUCCUAGUGCAUCUACCCAAAAAUUGCACAAGCGAGAAAGCCAGCAUGUUCAGAAAAGGGAAAGCGACACCAAGCAACAAUCCGAGGUACCUGCAGCAGUUGAGAAGCGGGAAAGUAAAGUAGAAAAGGUAGAAAAAGUGGUGGAGAAGAGGGAGGAAAAGAAAGCACCAACAACUCAAAAACGACAGGCAGUUAGCGCACCAUCCGUUACAGAAAAGAAAAAAAAGAAAAAGAAAAGACAAAGUAAAUUGACAGAUGCACAGUUCGAGAAUUUAAAGAAGAGCCUCGCUAAACGAACUUCAAACGGUCAUAUUCAAGUUAUAGAAGAAGAUCUCAAAGGUCUCUUGAGUGACAUGGGCCUAAUAGAGGACGAUCUCGAGGAGAAUGCAGAAGAAAUGGAAGAAAGUAAAAGCGGAGUUGUGCAAGACGAGGAUUUAGAGGAAGGCUUUGAUACAACUGUACAAAAGAACAAGGAGGAACCGCAAGUAGAGCACAAGAGAGAUAGCACGGUUGCACCUGAUCGCAAAAAGAGGGCGGAUGAAACCAAUAAUGCUCCGACUAACAUUCCACUUGUAGAAACAAGAAACUCCGAUUCAAAGAAGAGAACACUUAGCGACGUUCAGAAUAAACGUUCAGUAUCCGAAUCUCCAGAUAACGGUAAGAGAUUCCUAGAAGUUAGUUUUUCGACCAAAGACAACAAAGAACCCGCCAGAAACACCGCCAAUGAGGGGGACAACACUUGUCCCAAACCUUCAGUGAUACCGAACAAGAGAGAAGUGUCUAAUGCUCCAUUAGUAUCAAACAAACAGGAAAGAAGCAUCCCCACCGAGAAGAAGGUAGAGAAGAAGAGAUCAAUGGAAUCAGAAGCUCCUACUACGGAGAGCUACGAACAAUAUGAAAAGCGGGUAGCACGUGAAAUAAAGAACAAGAUAAAAUUACUCAAGGAAGAAGUUAAGAGGGAACUAGGUGCUCUGGAAUCAGAUAAAGAUGAGAGUGAUGACGAUGAUUCCUUUGGGGAAACUCAAAGAAAGAAGAGAUUCAUAAUGAACACACUGAUGGAUGAAGAAUCCCAAAACAUAGAUCCAAACGAAAAUUUGGAGAAUUCCGAGUUGGAGCCACAUGUCAGGCGGAGAAGAACCUUAUCUACCGAUAUGAUGUCUUACGGCUCUCAAAAAUCAUCCAUGAAUUCUUUCGAUAAAGAUCUUAAUUUGAUGAAUUUUGACCCUAUGUCCGUUGUAGGUCAGAGUAAAUUCGACUUCGAUGUUGAUGGCUUUUAUGGCGAAUCAGAUGGUCGGGGUCAAUCUUUCAGCAAUACUGGUUCCUAUGCAAAAAGCGAUUUGACUAAAAAGGACAUUCCCCAUUCCAAAGCGAGAACAAGGAAGGCAAAUGAUUAUGGUUCUUAUAUGAGCGAUAAUACUGGAAGUCGAAGCUAUCGCUGGGAUGAUCAAUCUUUAUUCAUGAAAAAUCAAGGAAAAAUGUAUCUUCCGGAGUACCAGAGACGGAUGAGCAACAAAUACUCGGCACCGAAUUCUAGACGAAAUUUGAGGAAUGAUAUGAACUCUGAAUCUGGAAAUUUCAACUCGGACUAUGAGAAUGACGCAGCUAAUUCGAAUUCCGAAGAAGAAGGCGAAGUCAACAUGAACACAGUUGCGGAUAUGACCAGACAAGCAACAGAAAGAAAAACUGAAGUAAGGGAACCGUCGGAAGCGAAAAUGAAUGCAAACGCUAACGCUAACGCUAACGCGAACGCAAACGCAAACAUGAACGCAGACGCAAACACUAACGCGAAAAUAAACGCCAACAAUGCUAACGAGGAACAUUCCCCCAAAAAGCUACAAGGUUACAAUCAAAAAUAUUUCUACUAUUACAUGGGUGGCAACGACAACGAACGAAAAGACAAUGUGGCGCCAUCUGCUUCGAUUGGUCAGCGGUCUGCUUCUGUUUAUAAUAAUAAUUACAAACGAUUAUCUGGACAAUAUCCUAACCAGUAUUACAAUUCGAUGAAUCGACCACAAAAUAUUCAGUACGCGAAAAGUUCGAGCGACCAUGCACUCACCAACAAAAGGGCGUUUCAGAGAAGGUACGAUAAGCCCUUUGGUAGACGGCGCAAAAGACACGCUAAUCUGAUGAUACCUCUGAAGGAUGAAGAGGGCGCAAUAGUGUCUAAUGUUGCGUAUACCAAUUCUUCGAUGCCUUAUUAUCAUAAUUUUAUGAUCAACGCACACGCUAGGAAUGGAAAUUCCAUGUUCCCCUUCAGGAAAAAAACGAUGAGAGGAGUGAUGGAAAAAAGUCCACCUCAGGAUCAUCCAACAGGACAAAAUAUGACUUCCGAUGGAGUUUGGUCGAAAAUCAAAAAGGCAAGCGGUGGCCAACUCUCAACAGAAAAAGGUAAGAACAUCUCUACAAGCGCUCAUGAUUCAUCUGGGGAAAAUGCUCUGGUUCCCUGGAAUUUACUGAUGAAAAAAUAUGAAAGAGCAAUAUCUGACAAUGAACCACAACAUAUUGAUGAAGCAAUGACAAACAUUGAAGAAAGUGAUUCCAAAAAUGUAAACCCUUCAGAUUACACCCAUAAUAGCUUAUUGGAGGGAAACCAGCAAUUAUGGCAUGGAAAUGAUUACAUGAAUUCAUUCCCCAACACAGAUUUCAAUAGUUACUCUAUGUCACAGAUAGAACAGAAUCGUAUAGGAAAUAUCCCUUCUGCUGAGAAAUCUGAUGAAGAUCCUAACCAACAAAGUUAUUCUGGAGAAAAAAAGAUCAACGGCAGAAAAAUACUUUCGUGGCAGGAAAACACAAACUUUUCCGAACUCAAUCAAGAAAAAUUCAAUAAUGCCCCAUAUACAAAUGUUAUUCAGAAUAGGGAAAAUAUUAGAACGAACUCUUCAGGAAAUCCCAAGUAUAACAAUGUCAUAAAUGAGAUGAAUGAUUUUCAAGGAGACGCCGAGGCAGACGAAUAUGAAGAAAUAUACUAUGUAGAACCUAUAUCAACUUCAACUUUAACAAAUGUUGCUAGACCGGUGAAAAGCAGUCCAAUGCCUGUAACCAGGAAGCCAGUUACCCCAACCAUCCAUCCUGCUGAAAUUUUGAAAAAAGUACAAGCCACAAAGGAUAUCGUACACGGAAAUAACACAGAAAAAAUUGAGAUGCGCCGAUCAACUGAGAGCAACGUUGUUGUCCGCUCCACCGAAACUUACAGUUUAUCGGAUUUGGUUGUUAACAAGCAUAAUUUAUUUGUUCAGAAUGAGAGUUUACCGUGGGCAGAUUGGAAAAGGCGAAAAAGGGACGUUCAACCUGAAUACCAAGAGACCGCCCGUAGGAAGCGAUCCUGGUUUUGGCCCACUUUGUCCUUCCUUCAUAACACUGCCCCUCAAAUAGACGAAGACCUGGAAUUUGAUCAGAAUGAAUCUCCUGUCGAAAGACAGGGUUCUAAGAGAUCCAGCGACAAGAGCGCAUUUUCUUUAGAAGAUGAUAUAGAAGCGGAGGACGAAGGAGAUUUUGAUGAUGAUCCCAUGGGAUACGAGAGAAAAAAGAGGGAUACAGUUUCAAGACCGUUUUAUCCUGUGGACAGAUCCGUUUACUAUUACACGAACAUGGCAAAUCGCAACAGUUAUUUACCUGUAUCCAGAAAUAGACGGUACGUUCAAGGACAGUUCAGAGAGCCGCAACAGCAACUUCUAACAGAAAUGUCAGAUGCUGAACUUUUUGGAGCGCUACCACAGGGUUACGCAGGUGAACUGACGAGAUACAAGAGGGUGAAACGAGCUGACAAAGGACCUGAUAAUACCUAAUUUAUAAUUGGAUAUUGUGAUUAUAAAUUAGGUCAUACAUAUAGUGCCUAAUUUAUAAUUUUUAUGAUAUGACCAAAACUAGUAUCGAAAUAAACUUAUUGCUGUAUA